AUGGCUACCAACAAGGAAUGUCUCCAGAAAUUGAAGUUAGAAAUGCAAGAGCUGAAAGAAGGAAGGCAAAAGAUGAGUGCAGAGUCACAGUCCAAAUUCUGUGAACUUAGAGAAUUAUUCUCCAAGUCUCUCGAGAAGGCCUCUGCAUUAUCAUUUCGGAAUUUUGGUCUCAGAAAAACCGAAGCCCCCUACGACUGUCACCGAUUCUUGUCGAACUCUCAAAGCUGUCAGCAACGAAGUCCCAAGGCAAAGAAAAUUGUGAAAUCAGUUCUGAAGCCUCAUAAUCUCUCGGCUUUUGAUUUCUCUGAAGAUGAGAACACUACGCUUAAAACAGAAAAGAUCGUUGAUCCCUUUUGGGAGAUCUUCAUAGCACGCAAAAGGGAAAUAAGUGAAGUGCGUGUGAAGGUUACAUUAUAUCAACUUAUUGUAAGGGAUUUUCAAGAUGAUACUCACAUCCUUGUGCUCCUCAACCUCCUUGCAUCAAGCCGUCUACCUCUCAACUCCCAAGCCUGCCUCACUCUCACACACUACGCAGCAUCACUGCAUCAGAAAAAUCCAGAUUUCUCUCUCUUCCUCCAUAUUGACACCGUCUCUUGUCGCUCCCUCUCUCAACUCGCUGUCUCUGUCGCUCCCUUUCUCAACUCAUCGUCUUCGUCGCUCCCUCUCUCAACUCGCCGUCUCUCGUCACCAAGCAAGAUAGAUGAUACUUUGAGAGAUGCAAGUAAGGCCACGGACACAAGUACCCCUCAUCUUCAGAUAGAUUCUACUGAAAAUGUUGAAACCCAAUCAUCUUCUUCCCUCAACCCUAAACAACAACAAACCAAAAGACCACUUAUAAAUCAGUCUAUUGUGUGGGAACAUUUUAAGAAAGUGGAACCUAUUGACAAGGAGAACCCUAAAGCUAGUUGCAAUUACUGCCUAAGGUUAAUAGGGUGUCAUUAUAGGAGAAAUGGAACGUCAUCCAUGAUGACCCAUCUUACCUCCGGUUGUCAAAACUCUCCACUUAAAAAAUCUAAAGUGACCAAAGGCCAAACUCUAUUGCAAAUGUCACUUAUGAAAUCAACGAAAGGCACUAGUAGCAACCAAGUUGGAUUCAUGAAGUUUGAUCAAGAAAGAUGUAGGACUUUGUUGACUGAGUAUUUCAUUGAAAGUGAGAGGCCUUUUAGGCAUGUUGAAAGUCCUUCAUUUAGAAAGUUGAUGAAUGGAAUUGAACCUAGGUUCAAAUUACCAUGCCGUAUUACUCUACAAAAAGAUUGCUUGAAAAUGUAUGAAAAAGAAAAGCUUGUGUUGAAGGGUUUUUUGAGUGGUAAAAGGGUUUGCUUAACUACCGACACAUGGACAUCUAUUCAAAAUUUGAGCUACAUGUGUGUUACCGCUCACUUGAUAGAUAGUGAUUGGAAAAUGCAUAAAAAAAUAAUCAAGUUUUGCCAAAUUUGCGGUCAUAAAGGUGAAUCUAUUGGAAGAAAGUUGGAGGCUACAUUGUUAGAGUGGGGGACUGAGAGUGUUUUCACUAUUACAGUUGAUAAUGUCUUGGCCAAUAAGUGGGGGAUUGAUCAUAUAAAGGGUAGGAUGCAAAAAAAGCCUAAAACUGUUUUAGGAGGCGAAUUCAUUCACAUGCGAUGUGCUGCCCAUAUUUUAAAUAUUGUUGUGAAGGAAGACAUAGAUGACUUGAAAGAUUGUGUUGGUAUUAUAAAGAAUGGGGUGAAAUAUGUGAGGUCUUUACCGUCAAGGUUCGCCAAGUUUAAAAGUUGUAUAGUGCGGGAAAAUAUUAAAUGUGGGAAGAUGGUGUGCCUUGAUGUUGCAGCUAGAUGGAAUUCUACAUAUUAUUUGUUGAGCACCACUGAGAAGUACCAAAAAACUUUUGACUUACUAGGUGAAGAUGAUGGCCAUCUGUUUAUUGUUCCUUCAAUUACUGAUUGGGAAAAUGUUAGGGCAUUUGUGAAAUUUUUGAAGGUUUUUUAUGAUGCCACAUUGAAGUUUUCAGGUUCAACUCAUGUCACCUCCAACUUAUAUUUCAUGCAACUUUGUAUCAUUCAGCAUACAUUGAAUGCUGGGUGUCUUAGUCUUGAUCCUAUCUUGAGUGCUAUGAAUGAUGGCAUUGGAGUUUUGGUUGGAAGAUGCAAUGGGUCUAAGUGGGCAGAUAAGAUAAAGGGAACUAUGAAAGAUCUUCUAAAACGUUUGAUGGACCAAUACAAUAAAUUUCAGAUGGGGUCGUUGUUUGUUGAUGUGAAUAUCACAAGUUCAAAUGAUGUUUAUGUUAAUGUUGCUUGUAAUAACUUGGAAGAUAACGAGGCACAAUUUAGAAAGAUGUCCUCCCAACAUGUUGAGAAAGUGAAUGAUUUGCAGUGUAGGUCCGAGUUUGAUCGGUAUUUACAUGAUGGGCCUGUAGUAGAAACAAAAGAGUUUGAUAUUUUGGCAUGA